GUUCAUUUAUUAGCCGAGAAUCGCGACAAUCAAAAUUUACGUUUCAUUCGCUGUCGUUCACACCGUUGGAGCGAUUGGACCAUUCCGGAGUAGUAGUGGUUUAGACUUAGAGUGAAUUUAAGUGAGGAGUGAGAAGUUUAGUUUAUAGUGACACAUAUUUUAUAAUUUUUAGUAGAGAGUUUGACCGACAACUUAAUGAAACAAUAAGCUCGAACCUGUUGAACAAAUCCAAUCAUGGAAACGACAACAAAUCCCAAAGACAAUCGGUUAUUCAAUCGUCCAGGUCAGCAACCAUUUUACGAAAACGGCGCCUUCCAAAUGCAAGAAAACGGUACCGGUACCUUCAAAAACCGUACCGGUUUGGACCACAACCAGGACAAAAAGCGCCGGAAAAGUAUAGUGCAAAUCACCAAAGAAGUUUUACCAAGGUUGGAAAACUACCGCAACUCUAGGAGAGCGGUUAAAAGACCAUCGUUGGGAGAAUUGCAUGGGACUGAAGAUUACACUAAAGAAAAAUCGUCUGAUAAUGCUGACUCCAAAGAUCAACCGGCUCCGCACGUCGGCAUCAAAUUGGGAUGGAUCCAAGGCGUACUCAUCCCUUGUAUGCUCAACAUUUUUGGAGUUAUGCUCUUUCUCAGACUGUCUUGGGUCGUUGCUGAAGCUGGAAUCGGGCUUUCGUUGGUCAUUAUUGUGAUGUCGGCAGUUGUAUGCGUCAUUACUACGUUGUCUUUGUCAGCUAUUUGUACCAAUGGUGAAGUAAAAGGAGGUGGCAUCUACUACAUAAUAUCAAGAUCACUAGGCCCCGAAUUCGGAGCUUCAGUAGGCAUAGUGUUCGCCUUUGCCAACGCUGUAUCAGCUUCGAUGAACACUAUAGGAUUUUGCAAUUCGCUCAGCGACCUUCUGAGCAGGUACAACAUAGUAAUGUUCGACGGCGGCGUAAACGACGCAAGAGUCGUAGGAACUGUAGCCACAAUCGUCAUGAUCCUCAUCUGUUCAGUAGGCAUGGAAUGGGAGAGUAAAGCUCAGAAUUUUCUGAUCGCCAUUAUAGCUGGCGCUAUGGUUGAUUUUGUUGUCGGUACUAUAAUGGGACCGCAAGAUCAAUUGCAAAUGGCGCAAGGGUUUAGUGGAUUUAAUGCAACUGUUUGGGAAACUAAUUGGAAUCCUCAAUGGAGAAAAACUGAAGGGAUUGAAUUUGAUUUUUUUCAAGUGUUUGCAAUUUUCUUUCCGUCUGUGACUGGAAUUCAGGCUGGAGCUAACAUUUCUGGAGAUUUAAAAGAUCCAGCUUCUGCUAUCCCAAAAGGUACAUUGCUCUCUCUAUUAAUCACCAUGACGUCGUAUGCACUUUUUAUGUUUUUCGCUGGAGCCGCAGCUAUGAGAGACGCUAGCGGAAACGUUGCUGACUUGGUUGCUGGAAAUUUGACAGCUUGUACUAAUACUAGUUGCACUUAUGGAUUAUUCAAUAGUUAUCAAAUGAUGACAAUUAUGUCUGCAUGGUGGCCCUUUAUCUACGCAGGAUGCUGGGCAGCUUGUCUGAGUACCGCCCUGACAAAUCUUUUAUCUGUACCUAGAUUGAUUCAGGCUUUAGGCAUCGAUCAAAUUUAUCCUGGAUUAAUUUAUUUUUCCAAGGGUUAUGGCAAAGCUGGAGAACCUUUUCGAGGAUAUGUGUUGACUUUUUUGGUUUCUGAGGCUUUUUUGCUAAUUGGGGAACUAAACGCCAUUGCUCCGUUGAUUUCUAAUUUUUAUCUGGCUUCUUAUGCUUUGAUUAAUUUUUGUACUUUCCAUGCUGGGUUGGUUAAACCUUUGGGAUGGAGACCAACUUUCAAGUAUUACAAUACUUGGCUGAGUUUAUUCGGCUUCAUUGCCUGCGUAGUAAUAAUGUUCCUAAUCAACUGGAUCACCUCCUUAAUCACCUUCAUAGUUAUCCUUGGACUGUAUUUGGUUGUAGUCUAUAGAAAUCCAGAUGUCAACUGGGGCUCAUCUACGCAAGCGCAAACUUACAAAACGGCCUUAACGACAGCUCAGAAGUUGAUCAAUGUUGGCGAACAUGUUAAAAACUAUAAGCCUCAGGUUUUGGUUUUGUCUGGAUUGCCCAAACAUCGUCCCUCAUUAUUGGACUUUGCCAAUUUGAUCACCAAAAAUCAUUCGUUGCUUGUUGCUGGUGAUAUUAUUGAGAAAAAAAUCACGCACAAAUUGAGAUCUCAAAGAUCGUCUGACGCGUAUGCUUUCCUGAAAAGCAACAAGAUCAAGGCGUUUUACGCCGCUAUGGAUAAUACCAACUUCGAAACUGGGGCCACAGGUCUAUUGCAAGUUACAGGAAUAGGCAAACUAACACCGAACGUCCUUUUGAUGGGUUACAAGAAUGACUGGCAAAAUUGUCAGUCUGAAGAACUGUUGGCUUACUUCAAUGUACUUCAUGCAGCGUUUGAUCAUCACUUAUCAGUAGCCAUUCUACAUGUCAAAGGAGGCCUCGACUACAGCAGUUUAACGAUCGACAUUGACGAAACAAACUACUCUUCAGACAAUUCCGUCAAUGGAACAGUGAGACUCUUCAACGAGUUGAGAACUUCGCCCUCUAGCGCCCUUAUGAUGCACUCGGACUCGAACUUAAGUCUGACUAAUAUUGGAGUCGCUGUUACUCAGCAAAGUGGAAAAAAUGGACAGGAGAAUAGAGCUAUGGAUGUUACUGAUUCAGCUUUGUCGACAACAAAUUUGACCAGAAAAGAAAAAAAGAAAAAAUCCGGUGCAGUUAAAUUGGACGUAGUGCUCAGUAUGACUCAAGAAGAAUUGCUGCACGUUGAAGACAUUAACCGGUUCAGACAGAAACAAGGAAAAGGAUUUAUCGAUGUUUGGUGGUUAUACGACGAUGGUGGCUUAACGAUGCUCCUACCCUAUAUAAUUUCUACAAGACAAGAUUGGUCCAAUUGUCAAUUGCGAGUUUUCGGAUUGGCUAGUAAUAAAAACGACUUGGCUUUGGAAGAAAGAAAUAUGGCACAUUUACUGUCCAAAUUCCGUUUGAAUUAUGCCGCUCUAAAAAUGGUUUCAAUCAGCGAUAAACCCAAACAAGAAACUAUAGAGAUGUUUGAUGAUAUUAUAGAAAAAUUCAAAAGUGAAACCAACACUAAAGAUGAGGGUCACACUUCUGAAGUAGAAUUGAACACCUACCAAGACAAGACUCACCGUCAACUAAGACUUAGAGAAUUACUUUUAGAGAAUUCACGGGAUGCUAAUUUAGUUGUAAUGUCGCUUCCGAUGCCGAGAAAAGGUAACAUUUCCGCACCCCUUUACAUGUCUUGGCUGGAAAUACUUACCAAAGAUAUGCCUCCUUCCUUGUUGGUAAGAGGCAAUCAGCAAUCUGUGCUUACUUAUUAUUCGUAAAUUAUUGUUUUUAAUUAUAUUCUUACUUAGCAGUAUUAUAUAGAUUUUAGAAUUUUUUCCGAUUGUAUAAAUGUGAUAAGUAAUAAUGAUUUAGAGCUGGCUCUGAAUUUUCUUCUGGCAAAUUUUGUUUACUUGCUAAAUUAGGACCAAAAUGUAUUAAUUUUAUUAAGAAUAACUUGUAUUUCUGACAUACUUAUUUUAUUGUUUUUACCUUAAAUAGAUUAUUGUAGAUUUAUUUGGUUUUAUAUAGAGCCCCUAUUGGUCAGAUGAUAAUGAUGAGUCUUAUGAAAACAUCUUGCGAAGGAAAUUUCUUGAUGGAAUGAAUUUGUUAGAAAAUAAUACUUAUGAUUUAAUGAAUCUUAUUUUUAUUUACAACUAUGAAUUAUUGCAAUCUCUAAGACUAAAUUUCUACAACAAAAUACACAGCAAAAAUAUACACAUUAAUAAAAUAUUCUCUAUAAAAAUACACAUAUCACAUUUAUCGAAUCUCUCAUUAUAAUGAUUUGCUUAUAUAAUCUAAACACCCUCCAAUCCUCCUCCUGUUAGUUUUGUUGCAUACAAACUGACAACCUGAAAAAACAUAUAAUUUUAAAACCUAAAAACCAUCAAAAUUACCUACUCACUUUAUAAAUAAACAUGUAUUGCUCCUUGGUUUGGAUAGCAUUGGCCCGAUCUCGUCUUAUCCUAUAAACAAUUUUUGGAAUAUCCACCAAUCGUGUAGUUUCAAAUUCUCUUAUGGCGAUGUCGCAAGCGAUUGCAACCCCCGUCCUACCUGUUCCAGGACUACAAUGUACUACAACUGGAUUGUGCUCCAAGUUAUUAUGGAUACCAUUCAUUGUGUCUCUCUAAAGAAAAAAAAAUUGUUUUAUUUUCAGAAAUUAUAAUAAAAAAUCUAAUUACCUUGUCAAUUGUUGCUGUUUUCAUAUAACUCCUAGCUUCAAUUAAGAAAGCUAUUAAAGAAUUAACUUCACUGGGAACUCCUUUUUCCGGCCAACCCAAGUACCAGAAAUGGGUAAUCUCCCUCCAACUAUUGGAAACCAUGUUUUUCAAUUGCAAACUUGAAAUAAUGUAUUUUUCUUUGACUUCGCGCUUUUUCAGGGUGAUUUGGAAAUCGCCAAACAUCCGGCUGCAUUCUAGAACUUCAGAUUCGGGUAAGUAAUCGGCGCACUUUUCCAAACCGUUUUCAACCAAAUGGGUGAGCAUUAGGACAACUUUACAUUGUUGUUCCCAUAUCAUUCUCCAAAAGUCGUCUACGGUGUUUUGCAUUGGGCCUUGUGUAGCUAUAUAGUAGCCCCUGCUGUCUUUGGGGCCUGUUACAUAGUUGGCAUUUAUGUAAUCGCUGUUUGGAUAGCCAUCUAUUGGAUUCAAAUAGACUCUGGUUUCUGGUAGAGGUAUCACGUUGGCGUAGCGGUUUUUGGUAUCGCAACCUUCUGGUAGUUCUGAGGUACGGGCGGUUAUUUGAGGCACUUCUUCGAAUUCGGCUUUUAUGUCUUCGAGGUUUGUGGCGAAUCGUGACAAGGCUUGGAAGUUUAGAGGAUGAGUUGGAGCAAC